AUGCUCAUACGGCGUGAGUUUCGUCGCAAAACACUCCGUCAAACUCUAUCGCCGUCACCUCCAGUUGGAAUAUUACGACGUUCUCCUGAGAUCGGCUACUCGCCUCCAUUUAGAGCUAUCAGCAGUGAGAGCAAAAGCGCUGCUGCCGCUGCCGCACGCGAUUAUCGCAGCGAUCGCUGGACCUGCACCUAUCCAACCCCACAUCGUCGAUCGCGAAGCUCGUACGAGUUACGCGAUCGAGGUGGACGAGAUUAUUCCUACGAGGACAAAUACCUGGAUCGAGACACCUAUGUUCAAGAAAAGUUGGAGUUGGACGAGAUGUAUCGCAAGCGAACACACCAAGAGAGGGUGGGGCGUCGCGACUAUACACCCCGAACAACGGUGGUGCCGAUUCAGCGUCUUGACGGCGAGUAUCGCCGGACGCACGCGCCACGUCCCUAUCACGCAAUGCGAUCGAAGUCAAGCGACUAUAUCCUCGAGAAGGAGUAUAGUCGGACUGACGAUUUCGCCACCUCGGACACUUUUCAUCGCUUCUAUGAUCGUGACGGCAGGCUCUUGAGUCGUGACCAACGUCGAGGCUACGACAUCGACAUACAAAGAGACUAUGAUAGAGACAGAUAUGCACGACGGGAUUCGUGGGAUUCAUGGCGGCAACCGCGAUUUAGCAAAAGUGUCGAGCGACGAACUGAAGAGCGCAUGGAGUAUGAGGAAAAGGAAAAACGCAUGAAUUUUCACGCGAUUUGGCGUGACGUAAUCGACCAGCAGCGGCAACCUGCACCAGGCUACGCCGCCGACACUCGACGAAUCCGCGACGCGAGCGCUUCGCUAGGUAAUCUACCUGCAAUCAUCAAUCGCAAGUUGGAAGAGACUCGAAAACUCGAAAAAGAGCGGCAGACCGCGAAUAUGGUUAUCGAUCGUACGAUAGUCGCAGGGAACCGUUGCUUGGCGCAUCUUCCCACACAGAAGCGUAUGACAGAUCAGCGGACUACGGUCGCUUUGAAAAGGUUUAGCUACGCACCGGAUUAUCGCACUCGGCACUACGACUCCUCUAAGUAUGGGACAGCAGAAGCACGAGGUGCAAGUGCUGCUGCAGCCGCGGUGGAUUCAAGCUAUGCGUCGGAUUAUCGACGACGAGAACAUCGCGAGUUGAGUCCCAGUCCGGGUUAUGGUCGGCGCGAGAUGAGUGCAGCAUUCCGUGAGGAAGUCCGUCGCGAACCAGUAACCAACGAACAAGUGGUGGCAGUCAGCGGAAAGCAUCGAUGUGCUCACUGUGCGGAAGAAUUAGGUGAGGCUUUCCGAAAGCUCUCUCGUAACACUAAUAAUAUCUAA